CAAAACAGUAAUUUCGCACAGUCGUCGUCGCCCCCUGGGCGGCGGCGCCGGUCUAACCUCCCUAUUAAUACAGACCAACCUCCUCAAUUCGACGUCUCAACAUUUCCUCCCGAGCGUCGUCGUUUCAACAAGCGUCGUCGUUUCAAAAAACGUCGUCGUUUCAAUGCAUAUCCAGUUUGUUGUUCCCCUCAUCCUCAUCCUCGGGUCAACCCAGACCCACCUGGCGAACUCGCACCAAGAAUCGGGGGAGUGGAGCUGCGAGCCGGACUUGGAGACUCGGAUUCACGCCGAGUACAAGCCUGGACUCGUCACCCUCGACGGCCACGCCGAUGACUGGAGCGACGUCGAUGGGUUGGAGCUCUCUCUCCUCCCAGCUUUGGACCCAGAUGAAGAUCACCAGUACAAAGGUGGCAAAAUGACUGUCAAGGCUUUGCAUGAUGGAAAGGAUAUCUUCUUCAUGUUGCAAGUUGAUGGAGACUAUGCUUACUCAAAAGGCAACAAUAACAAAUGCCCAUCUGUUGCUCUCAUGUUUCAAAUUGGUGAGAAUGCUACAUAUCAUAAUAUGGGUGGGUGCAAGGAGGAGCCAGAUAAAUGCACUAGCAAAACUUGUCGUGGCAAUGAAGUUGACAUUAUGCACUUUUCAAUUGGAAAUGCUAUUCCAGGAAGGCUUUAUGGUGGCAAUCCAAUAGACAAUGGAGAAGGGAAUGGAGGUGACAGAUUCGGUCAUUUGGUUGAUCUGUAUGCCUGGAAUCCACAUUGUCGACACCUUGAUGGACUUGGCCCUUCUGGAAAUGAUACCAGUGCACAGAAUAACUGGAAGGGGGCAUGGUGGCAUGGUAGUCUUGCAAUGCAUUCAGGUUUUGUGGAAGAAGACAGCCCUUAUGCAUCAUCAGGUCAGAAGGGUACAUACUAUUUUGAAUUUUCGAGGCCUUUGAGAACAAUGGAUCGUCUUCAACAGGAUGUUCAAUUCACCAUUGGUCAAACAAGCAAGAUUUCAGUGGCAUUCUGGUAUCCAGUUGAUGGGAACCCAUGGCAUGGAUCUGGGCACUAUUCUAUUAGUUGUGACUGGGUACCUUUAGAUAUCGCUUUAGUCAGUUCUGAGCUUAGCAAGGUGGCUUCAACAAGCUCUUGGGAUGCUGCCAGCGCCUUCUCUGUCCUCAUCUCCGUGGUCGCCUUUUGCAUAUCUAUUUUUGUUGGGUACUGGGUUUCUAGGUCCAAAGCUGUCCCCUUUACGCCCAUAGACCGGCUUUGAGGUGUCCAUGCAGCUUAUUAUUGGUGGGGGUGGUUGGGUUCGAGCAGGGCAGGGCUAUUUAUUAUUCUUCUUGUGUUAUGAGUUGGAUCCCAUUAAUAGUAUGGGUUGCAUGGCUUCUUCUGUUUCAUUUGUUUCCUUAGGGGAAGAAAAAGAUAAAAGACAAAUAGAAUCAUUUGUUGUCAA